CAGUUGAUCGUUCGGGAAAUAAAUAAGCUUCGUUCUCCGUCAAGAGUAGAAAGAAAUAUCGUUCGUUCUUCAUUUUUAUAUUCUGGCGUCUGUUUUAUCACCGAGCACGGUAAAAUCAAAACAAAACUUUACUAUCGGUCUCAUCUUCAUCUUAAAUGAAGGAAUUAAUCGUAACUCUUCGCCUUAAGUAGGUCAAGUGUUCUUUUAACCAGUAAUUAACACUACAUGCUGAGCCGUUUUAAUACUUUUAGCAAACGAUAUUGUAAUAUUCGGAUGUUCCUUCUGCACCACUCAACUUUUUGUGAAUAUGCAUAAUCGCGGGAGUUUUAUUUAAUUCUCAUAUAUGUGAACACACUCCUUUCUGCAGUAGCUUAAAAGAAAAACUUUUUUUUCCCCUUCAACAUUGAAAUGUUAUACCUUAGACUUUUUGGCAUUUUGUGUUUCUUCAGUAUACCAUGGCUCUCUCUAGCAUUAUUAGGAUUUGGUAGUAAAGCGAACGAAAAUGGAGGUUCGGAAUCGGACGAUUUCAAUGGGACUGGUGCAUCCCCUGCCCUAACGUCUUGCCCAGCACCCCAAUUAAGUGGUGUCGAGUGGAUAUUGCACAUUAGGCAACCAGAUUAUGGCUGGAAGGAGAACACCCACCGAGCCAUUAUUGCUCUAGUUGUGAGCAAUUGGGAGAAUUUCGUCUCAACCAGUGAACGGCUACUUAUGGAGCAUCAAUUAGAAGUAGAGAUAUCUAGAUCUCUGUUAAGGAAUAGCUCGUUCCCUGUUUAUCCGAACAACCUGGCACUUUUCAUCCACGCAUUAAUUGCAACAAACCGCAAUCCAAGAAACUUUCAUAACAUAGACUUAGUAGCUCGCCUAAUUGACCUGGUAAGAGGAUAUGAACAAACUACGCAUCCAUUCAUAUUAUUGGCAUUAUGCAAUGCAAAGUCCUUCGAACCACGCAACACUCAUGUUUUGGAGUAUUACUUGAGACAUAACCAAAACUCUCGGAAAAGUAUGGAGUACAAGGCAUUGGCUCUCCAAGCUUAUGAAUGUGCUGGAUCUCAAAAUAUAAAAAUCAACGACAGUGUUGUGUUUGAAAAUCGAAGAUUUUUAAUCAGUCAGCAAUAUCCCGAUGGUAGCUUUGGAAAUGUAUAUACUACAGCUCUUAUUGUCCAGGCUUUAGCGUCUGCUCCUCAUUUGUCAUGGAAUAAAAAAGGUGCACUGGACUAUUUAAGAAAACAAUCUCUCACUGAAGUCAACAUGGUGUCAACUUAUCUCAUACAACUAGCGUUAAACGCAGAGAGGAUAAAAUUUAUAAAAGAUAUUCAUCCAGAAUUGAUAAUGGAACGUGCUGAAACCAAGAAAGCUGAGAAGUUCUUUGUACAGUACAGUUUGAGAGUGGGUCGCUAUCCCAAUGUCCACCACACAAUUACAAUCAAUGUCCCACCAAACUCAAAUUUUUUUGAAGUCAUGAAAUUAUCUUCUGUAAAUGAUCCGAAGUACAAUUUUUCUUACUACAUGGAUAAAAAUAAAGAACCAAGCAUCUAUGCGAUAUCAGACGUACCCAAUGAUGCCGAGGAAAAUUUGUACUGGCGAUUAUGCGUACAAACUGACAUCAAUCACGACAGGCAUACCUCUACUGUGAAAACAUUUCAAAGAUCGCCAAUCCACCUGCUUCCAAAGGAAAAAGAUCACGUUGUAUACUGGUACAUGGAUAUAGACUGUGAGGAAACAGUUUAGCUGUUUAAUUUGUAUCGUUAAGUUUUUGGUUUGUAAAUAUUGUCCUUGUAAAAAAAUGUUAUCGCUGUAUUAAAAUAUCUAAAAGUA